GCAUUCCGACUGCCUCUCACCGAACUUGUAUUGGUCUCGUAAGCGCCCCCAUUGUGUUUGAUACUGGUCAUCCAUCUCCGACCUGGAACUGCAAUCCUUUAAGCAUCAAUUUUUGGGUCAUAGCUGGCCACACAAUUUUCACCAUCGCCGCAGCCUCAAUUCCUUCAAUUACGAGAUAUGGAGUGGCUGCGCUCGCUCCCGACCGUAGCUGUCGUUCCCUUAUGCGGCCUUUCUUGGGCAAUUUGCACAUGUGUUUACCGGCUAUGGUUUCACCCAUUGGCAAAAUUCCCCGGCCCCAAACUCGCGGCUCUGACCACCUGGUACGAGGGCUAUUAUGACUGUAUUGGAUACAAAGGGAGAUAUACGUUCAAGCUUGAAGAGCUGCACAAAAAAUAUGGUCCAAUUGUACGGAUUGGCCCUAAUGAGUUGCAUGUCAAGGACCCAGACUACUAUGCUCAGUUGUACAACAUGAGCAACCGACUUGACAAAUACGAUUGGUACUAUGGAAUGCUAGGCAACCCAGAAGCGACAUUUCCAUGUAUCAAGCAUGAAGUUCACAAGAUUCGGCGGGGAGCGCUUAAUCCAUUCUUCUCUCCAGCCGCAGUCCUCCGAUUUCACCCCGUGGUACAGAGAGUGGCCGACCGGCUAACAGACCGUAUGAAGCAGAGCAUCGAAGAGGGCAAGCCUAUCCCAGUAUUCUUUGCUUUCCGUUGUCUUACGGUAGACAUCAUUUGCGAAUAUCUCUUUGGCAAGCAAUUGCAUCUGGUGGAUCGAGAAGAUUGGGGGAGAAGCUUUUACUCAGCUUGGCGCGGCCUAUGGGAAAUGUCUCCCAUGAUUCGUCAGUUCCCAUUCCUCCUGGACAUGUUUCGAAUGACCCCACGAUGGUUGCUUGCGCUCACGAAUCCCAAGGCUUUGGAAGUUCUGGACAUGGAAAAGCAGACUGAUAGUUGGACAAAGGAAUUGCUCGAAUCGAACCCAGAAGAUAUCGCAAAGAAGGAGCAAAAGACAGUCCUUUGGGAGCUUGCACAUAGCGAUUCUGUUCCUCCGGAGGAGAAGACCUUUGAACGUUUGGCCAUCGACGGAAACAACAUUUUGGCGGCAGGUUUUGAGACCACCGGUACAGCUCUCAGCCACUUGAUGUACGGCGUCUUAGAAAAUCCGGAAAUACAUAAGAAGCUUUACAAGGAGCUGGAAGAGGCGAUCCCAGAUCCAGACCACAUGCCCAAUCAUCGUGAACUCGAAAAGCUCCCAUACUUCCAUGCCGUGAUCAAAGAAGGUAUCCGCCAUGGUGUUGGUGCUUACGGGCGACUUUCGAGAGUUAACAAAAAGGAGAGCAUGCGCUACAAGGACUGGGUCAUUCCUGCAGGCUGCGCUAUUGGAAUGUCUCCAUAUUAUGUGCUGUGGGAUCCCGAGAUUUUCAAGGAUCCAAGUACGUUCAAGCCCGAGCGAUGGCUCGAGCCUGACGCUCAAGAGCGUCUCGAACCUUACUACAUUGCUUUUGGGAGAGGCCCACGUGCCUGCGUUGGUCUGAAUCUUGCUUAUGCCGAACUGUACACCGUUUUUGCCGCCGUUAUUCGACGCUUCCCUACUUUAAAGCUUUACGAGACUAACCCGGAAGAUGUUGUUGCAGAGCAUGAUUUCUUUGGGGGCAUGUGGAAAUUUGAGGAGGGUAACAUGAGUCUUCAAGUUAAGGGUUGAUAGAUACUCUUUCUUACGGAUGGAAGAGGACAGUUUUUCUUUCUCUCCUUAAAGUCUGACAUUUGACUAGCCCUUUACGUCUUGAAACAGGAAGUGUUUUGCGGGUUAUGCUGCAAACGACCGUAUUCUGGCCAAAUCAUGAUUAAGGUUUUUCUUAGUUAUGAA